CAAAUGUGCUGGAGUACAUCAAUGAAACAGAUCGUGCACUUGUUUCUGCUUUCCUCCAACGAUGGAACAACUCCGUUAACGCCUGGAGGAACGGUGUGACAGAACCCUCGCCAAGCAUUGACAUUAUAUCAAAAUCAAUGCUUGAAACGACCAUGAGUAAAUUUAAAGAGGAACACCUAAACUCUGUAGAGAGGGGUUUUGAUGAUGUCUUUGCUGAGUUCGAUAACGCCUAUGUAGCAGUACGGGAUAAGUUUGAAAAUGAAAAGAAAGAAAAAGGAGUAUGCGCUAGAGUGAGAAUAAGAAUCGUCCAAGAGGCAGUUCUUACACGAGAUGCAUU